AUGUCUCAGACAGUGGUUCUUAAGGUUGGCAUGACCUGUGAAGGCUGUGUGGGAGCCGUACAGAGGGUUUCUGGGCAAGAUGGAAGGGUGGAGUCAUUUAAUGUUGAUUUGAAGGAGCAAAAAGUAACCGUGAAAGGCAACGUGCAGCCAGAAGUGGUCCUCCAGAAAGUCUCCAAGACUGGGAAGAAGACAUCAUUUUGGGAAGCUGAUGCCCCAGCUGCACCUGAAUCAAAGACGGGUGAAACAGUUGCUGCUGCUUAA